GACGAGAGGCUGUGUGUGUGUGUCAUGAUGAGAGAGAAGGGAAGCUAGCCGUGCAGCCUGUGCAGCUUCUCUUAUUCACCACGUCUAUAUGUGUAAUAAGAGUUAGUUCGGUUGUUUAGUUUGUCGACUGGGAUAAUAAUACUUCAUUCUGUGUUUAUUCGACUAAUAUUAUUAACGUUAAUGACUGGCCAUGUGCUUUAAAUGUGUCGGGUUUCUUUCACAAUGUAAAAACAAACCCCCAAAAUGUGUGAUUUAUUUAACUAUAGUUUUUUUGUUUUGUUUUUAUGCCAUUCUACUUCUGUGGAAAUAUGCAUACUCUGUUAAGAGUAUUGAGUGAGAACGUAGUAACAUAGGAUCAAUAUUAUUUUUUUUUAACCCAUAACAAACAUAUUUCAUUUUAGCAUCCAAAUUAAACGUACCAUUCAAUCAAUUGUUUAAGAAAGGUUCAGUGCAUAUAUUAGGCAACAUGCAGAUAAUAAUAUAAUAAAAAUAUCAAUGACUAUUUUCCUCUCCAUCAUUCAUUUUCAAUUCCAGAAGCAUGACCUUCCUUGUGACCCAUUUGUCCCAGUUAUUACAGGCGUUACUGGUAUUCAUCAAUGUGUGCAUAGAGAGUGCAACCAUACAUAGAGUGUGUGAUUGUGGGUUACCUCAGUGGUUGUUACCAGUUAAUGGCUGAUUAAUGAAGUGGUGCUCAAGCAGUCAGAGAAAAUGUUGUUUUGAGCGUCACACUGUUGCUCUUUUGUUUUCAGCAGUCGUUCUUCUCUGCUGAGCACGUGUUAUGGAAGGAGGGGCCUUAAACUGAAGGAGACCAAACCGGGCAGGCCUGAAAUACCCCAAACCUCGAUUGUCUCUUCGGGAAUGAAUCUUCUCUUCCUAAUUGGAUGAAAUGCCUUGACCACACCCCCCGCCGCACCAUGGCAGGUUUAGUCUCCUCUGUGGGUUUGGUGGUGAUGCUCGAGGCUCUCAUGCACGCCCGUGGCCGGCGUGCGGUGUUUCUGGGGAUGACGGUGUUGGUGACAGUGAUCGCAGCUGACUCACCUGUUGCAGAUGAGUCUCUGUUGGCCUCCACAAACCACCCCGUGGGAUUUCCUGGACAUGGUCCAACAGGGUUCAAACCAUCCGCCUUACCAGCCUCAUCGUAUACUGCCUUUGAGGACCCACACUCACCUGGUGCCCCGCCAUCCAUUUCUGAACCAAACCAUGUAGUUAGGACUGCCGACAUGACGCAUUUUCAGUGGGGACGUGUUGCUUUCGAAAACUCCAAAUCCUUGGCAGCAAGUGAAGUCCCUGCAGAAGAACCGCAUCCUCUGGCCACUCCAUCACUAAGCCCCUCUGAACCUAUAUUGGGGUCUAGUCCACAAUUGGAGGCCGCUAAAUUCUUCACGGACUGGAAGCUGGCCAGUACAAAGUCUUCCAUGCAAGCUUUCUCUCUCUCUCCAACUCCUACAAGAUCCCAGCUGCAGCCUCAGUCAAAUACAUCCAUGGCGUCAUUAAGCCCCUCAACAAGGUCAACGACCCCUCAGCCGGAUCCUAAUUCUGAGCAGAAAACCAUCAACAAGCAGCAGAGGGGUGCAUCAGAGCAAACGGAGGCAAUCGUGACCUCAUUUCCUGUUCAGCCUCUUGAGCCCCCUAAACUGUCUUUCACUUACUUUGCGGCAGAUGAAUCUUUUAGUAGAAUCCUGGAUGUGAACCAGCUGAGCCCCAGCAGCGCCCCCUUGAAGGACAACAAACCAACGCGUGACAUCAACAGUCUACCGAACCCUGAUGAGAUUCUGGCCCCUGGCUACGAUGUGCCUUUCAUCGCCCCCCAGCCUACAUCACCUUCAUCUGAACCCACUGAGGUCCCUCUAGAGGACUUCUACCCCACCAACACCAUGGAAGUGGACUGGGGAUCUGGAGACUACUUGGAGACGAUGUCGUUCCUAAAUGCAGAUGAAGAGGACUACUCUCUGGUCACAAAGGUGCCCUCUGACUCGUAUGAUCUGGAGGACUAUACGGAAAGCUAUGACACAUCCUUCCCUUCCAGAGUGGGCGUAUCCCCUUCGUCUUUGCAACCUCUUCACGUCUCACGUUCUCCCAGCCUCACCACGGCCUACAGCGCCACUGUUCCACUUAAAUCCGUCGAUCCUACCUCUUUGUCCUCUACAGUUCAUUAUACACUGGACCCCACUCCCACAGCUAACAGCGAUAUGCCGGACGCAUCAGACCUAGAUUGGCCCGAUACUUUCACAAUUCAACCGACAGAUGUUCUCUUGCCUGACAUGAACAGCUUGGAGUAUUACGUCACCCAGUUGACCAAGGAGAGCAACGGUUCGGACACCGGAGCUGAACACAGAGGGAACGUUACCGUGGUGUCCGUCAGUGCUACAGACGUCACACCCACAGGCAGCGCCACCAAUGACACCACAUUGACUGAGGACGAGUCCUCCAGUGAUCCAUCAGGGUUUGAGCCUAAAGAUGAGUCAACCCCAGUAGUAACAACAGAGGAGAGUCCUCAGCUGCUCAACGCCUCUGAGCCUUUUCUGGAUCCGUCCAUUGUCCCAUCCCACUUCUUUGAUCCGUCGUCUUCCACCUGGGGCGGUCAGGUGUCCACCACAGUGUGGUCUGCACACACUCUAACUGUUGGCCUGGACAGAACUGUGCUAACAGAAGCUAUGCUACCCAGUGUCACGCCUUUGCUGCCAGAUGAUGUCAUAUUUUCCUCCUCUCUGACAGACGUCUAUUGGUUUGCUACAGAGUCCUUCCCAUCGAGCACCAUACACACCACUCCAGUCUUAACUGCGACCGUAGCCUUCUCCACUGUUUCCACUGAACCUGCUGCCAACACCACGGUUGGUAUGACAGAAUUAACACCCCAAGACCCUACUGUCACGACUGAACAAACUCUCAAUGUAACUUCAGUUUCUACUGAACCCACAUCUAACAUCACUUCGGGCGUGUUGGGUGAUCAGGGUGUGACUGAAGAUCGAGUUGACGUUCCAGCCACAAUGACCUUGAUCCCAACUAGCAGUGAAGCUAAUACAGACUCUGCUGUACCCGAAACCACAGCUGCCACCUCCACUUCCCAUCAAGCCACAACUAGAGCUACUGCCACCACUGAAGUCUCAACUAGUGUCAACGUCAUCUCCAGCACCAGUGGAAGGACCACAACAACAGCACCAACGUCAAGAACGUACCUCUGCAACCUUGACAGGCCUGCUUAUUUAGUAAAAAUUGGUUUUCCUUCCGGGGCCACUGUUGGAUAUGCCAAAUCUCAAGUGAGAGACAUACUGAAAGGAGAAUUCAACAAGUCUAUGGAGCUGCAGGUGGUGGACCCCCCACCAAAGUUUGUGUUCCGGGUGGUGUCUGGUCCAGUUGUGUACACGGCCAUAUCCGUCAUCAACGCUCUGCGAAGGUCUGGACGCCGCUUCCUGUCUCUGACUCCGAACUGGACGACACCAGACCGUAAAUAUCAAGUCCACACAGUGCUGCAGUUUGUUCCCGGUCACAUAGAUGUGCGCUUCUGCAACUUCAGUGAGAGCAUUGAGAAAGGUUUGACCAUGGCCUUUGCAGAAGUGCGUCGGCGCUCAAAGGAGUCGACCAACUUCACGGUGCAUAUUGUAAACAUCACCAUGGCUGCUCCUAAAUAUCAGGAACAAAGGCUGGUGAGGCAGCCAGUGGACUUGACCUUCACAGUGCGCGGUUCCAGGGGCUAUCUGGUGGGGUCGGAGGUCAGCAAUGCUCUGAUGAAGCUCACAAUGGUGGAAUUCAGCUACUACAUGGGCUUUCCUGUACUCCAGAUCGCUGAGCCUUUCCACUAUCCAGAGUUGAACACCAGCCAGUUGCUUCGCUCCUCCUGGGUUAGAACAGUGCUCCUGGGUGUGCUGGACCAGAAAGUGGGUGAGAGGACCUUCCAAGCCAACAUGGAGCGCCGGGUGGCCAUGUUGCUCGAGGAGGCAACGGGAUCAGUCAGACGUGUUAAGAGAGCUACCCUCAUAGGCAACAACAGUGUUCAGGUUGUAAGUGCGAGCCGGCUGGUGGGUGCGGACCACCCCUUGGAGAUAGUGUAUUUUGUGGAGGGUCCUAGUGGUCAGAGGACGCCUGCAGCUCAAACAGCCAACCUACUCAACAGCCUGGAUGUUCAGAGGGCGGCCAUCGUCUUGGGAUAUCGUGUCCAGGGCAUUUUGGCACAGCCCGUAGAGAAGGCGGCGGCGUUGCCCUCCGACGCCGAGAACACCAACACGUGGAUCGUCAUCGGGGUCGUGAUUCCCCUCAUCGUCGUCAUCGUCAUCAUUUCCAUCCUGUACUGGAAACUGUGUCGAACAGACAAGCUGGAGUUCCAGCCAGACGCCAUGACCUCCAUCCAGCAGAGACAGAAGCUGCAGGCUCCCAGUGUGAAAGGAUUUGACUUUGCCAAGCUGCACCUUGGCCAGCACAGUAAGGAUGACGUCAUGGUGAUCCAGGAGCCCGCCCCGUCGGGGCCCGGCCCUGGGCCCCUCCCCCUGUCCCUUAAAGAUGGCCUCAGUCCGUCUGAGAACGGGGAGAUCCCCACACCCAUGUCCAAAAGCUCCACCAAGGCGUCCCGCAGCGGCCGCAGACGAGAAAGGAUCUCGCCAUCUGACGGUGACUCUGUGGUAAGUGACCGUUCCAGCGAGCGGGAAUCAACUGAGGAGAACCUGAGAGCCCACGCCACGCCCAACGACAGCAAGCACAACCGUAAGGUUCCCAUCAAUGUUUUAAAUGGCAAGAAUAGAAUUGGUCCUCCUCCUAUGAAUGGUACGAAUGAGCAGCUGUCCUCGGCCUCCAUCUUUGAACAUGUCGAUCGGAUGUCUCGUGCCACAGAUGCAAGCAGGAGACUCCCGAACAAAAUCCAGCUUAUCGCCAUGCAGCCCAUGCCUGUCCCACCACUGCACAGCCCCCCCAUCAAUGGAAAACUGUCUGACACCAACCUAAUCAACAAAGAGAUCCAGGUAGCAUUGAGGCACAAGUCAGAGAUCGAGCACCAUCGUAACAAGAUACGCCUGCGUGCCAAGAGGAAGGGCCACUACGACUUCCCUACUAUGGACGACAUGACGAGUGGCCUCGGAGAUGCGAAGGACCAGGAUCGCAUCUAUCAGAAAGCACAGAUACAGAUCGAUAAGAUCCUGGACCCGGAUGCCCAGAUGCCCCCCAUCUUCAUGGAAUCCAAGAAAUGUAGUCGUGGUCGGCGCUCUCCCAAACAGAGAAUGAAGGAGCAGCUGAAUGGAGGCCUCAUGGAGGCAGACAAAGACCACCUCAUCACUGAAGACAGUGACGCUGUUUACAGAAAGUGUCCUGGAGUCAACAAUGUGGCCUACGUGUCGGACCCUGACCAAGGCCCAGGAUCCCCUCACAGGAGCCCCUCCCCCAACGACGACGUCUUCCUGGGUCCCGCUUCCUCUCCUCCAGGCCAUGCCCCUCCCCCACCCCCCUACAUGCCUCCACAGCCUUCCAUUGAGGAGGCGCGGCAGCAGAUGCACUCCCUGCUGGACGACGCCUUUGCCCUGGUGUCGCCCACCUCUCAGGGCAGCUCAGCAGGGAUCACUCUCCCCGGGGUCAACUCCAACCCGCCUGUCUCCAGCCCUCCAGGCCGUGGCCCCAGACCUUGGGGUCCCUCUUACCAAUCUCUCGGUCCUUUCCCUAGUAGGUUCACUGAGCUGAGCUUGUCCCCUCCUCCUGUCCAAGGCCUGACUCCCAGACAGGGCCUUGGCUCGAGCUACCUGCCACCAGGAGAAGCUGCAGGGCAGUGUGAGCAGCUGCAGCCGGACAGCCUGUACUCCAGCAGGGGCCUCUACGCCGAUGAGCUGCCCUCCUCUGCCCGACCGCGACCAGUAGGGGGAACGACAGGCGCCCAGCUCCAGCAUCUUACACAGGUGGGAUUGUCCAGCCGGAUGAAUGGUUACCCAGCAGGGGUCAGGGCGGCUCCAGGGCAGAACGGAGGCAUUGGAUGGAACCACUACUACGGGGAACAUUUCUCCAGGACGGAGCCGGAAAAAGACGCAUUCCUGGACUGUCCUGACUACACGUCCUCCUCUGUCUUCCAGACGCCCAGAGGUGGCAUCAGGGAGCCUUCCGCGCCCCCCGUCCACCUCGACAGCCCGGGGGUGGGAUAUCUGUCAGCCCCGCCUCCCCUGGAAACAUCUCCUCCCGCCCACUCCUCUGCCUCCCUGAUCAAGGCCAUCAGGGAGGAGCUGCUGCGACUCUCCCAGAAGCAGGCGGCUGUGCCCAGCUACCACAGCUGAAGGCCCGGCCUCCAGUCUGCAGCUCUUACCAGUCAUGCCACUGACCCCCCCCCCCCCCC